UUCAUGCUGGUAGUACGUAGCCUAACUGUAUUAACUGAUAUUUAUCAAUUUAUAGCAACAACUAUAAUAAUUAUUUUCGGUGGAUUUGUGGGGGUGUCUGGAUAAUUCGGCAAAUUUUGUCCGAUCUACAUUCCAAGAUACCUCUGCGCGAACAAUCAUGGGCAGAAAAUUAGAUACCACCAAGGUGAAGCGAGGACCUGGACGCAAGGCCAGGAAACAGAAGGGGGCUGAGACAGAGCUGGCCAAAACUUUGGCGGAUGGGGAUGGGCCUAAAAAACUGUCUAGCAGAGCAAGAAAACGUGCUGUGAAGAGAGCACAUGUUACUGGAAGCCCAGCAAAGGAAAAACAGCCUAAGAAAGGUUUCUCUGAUGAGAAUAGUGACUGGCUGAAACCUGCAAAGCAGAAGCACAAAAUUGACCAUUCAGAAGGUGAUGAGGACAGUGACAGCCAAUGGGAGGAAGAGAAUGCUGAGGCUGAGGACCUAGAAGAAGUGAAAAAUGAAGUGGUUGAGGCAAGUGAUGAGGAUGAUUAUGAUGACGAAAAUGAUAUGGUUGAUGACUAUGGAGCAAUGGAGGAUAGCAGUGAAGAAGAGGAAGAGGAGGAAGCCGACAGUGAUGGCGAGGAGCUUCUGCCUAUUGAACGAGCUGCCAAAAAACAGAAGAAACGGCAAGCAGUCCUGGCAGGUCAUGAUGAAGAUGGUGAGGAGGAGGAUGGGAGUGAAAAUGAAAAAAUGGACGUGGAGGAAGAGGAAGACACAGUGCAGGCAAAUUUUGAUGAGAUUGAAAGAUUUAAACUCCCUGGUUUAGCAGAGAGAAAGAAAGAGGGUCUCUUACCCCUAGACCUGCAGAUUAUCCACCAGAGGAUUAAAGACAAUGUAGAUGUGCUCUCCCACUUCAGUGAGAAGAGAGAGGAGGGGAGGGAGCGAGUGGAGUACCUCUCUCUGCUGAAGUCAGAUCUCUGCACUUACUACAGCUAUAAUGACUUCCUGAUGGGCAAACUCAUGGAGCUCUUUGUUCACUCUGAGCUCAUUGAUUUUCUUGAGGCCAGUGAAGUCCAGAGGCCUGUCACCAUUAGGACUAAUACCCUUAAAACCAGGAGAAGAGACUUGGCUCAGGCUCUGAUAAAUAGGGGUGUAAAUCUGGAUCCUUUGGGCAAAUGGUCUAAAGUGGGCCUGGUAAUCUUUGACUCCUCAGUUCCCAUAGGUGCAACUCCUGAGUAUCUAGCUGGGCAUUAUAUGCUCCAAGGAGCAUCCUCAUUGCUACCUGUAAUGGCACUCUCCCCCCAGGAGGGGGAGUCUGUGCUGGAUAUGAGUUCAGCUCCAGGAGGCAAGACUACAUAUGUAGCCCAGCUGAUGAGAAACACCGGGGUGAUUGUCGCCAAUGACGCUAGUGCAGAGAGACUCAAAAGUGUUGUGGGAAACAUCCAUCGUUUGGGAGUCACCAAUACCAUCAUCUGUAACUACGAUGGCAGACAGUUCCCCAAGGUGAUGGGAGGGUUUGACAGAGUGCUGUUGGAUGCUCCAUGCUCUGGCACAGGGGUCAUCUCUAAAGACCCAGCUGUAAAAACUAGCAAGGACGAGUCAGAUAUUCUGCGCUCAGCUCAUCUACAGAAGGAGCUGAUACUAGCUGCCAUCGACUCAGUCAAUGCUGACUCGAAGACAGGCGGUUACCUGGUCUACUGCACAUGCUCCAUUAUGGUGGAGGAGAAUGAGUGGGUGCUGGACUAUGCCCUAAAGAAGAGAAAUGUUAAACUGGUCCCUACCGGGUUGGACUUUGGCAAAGAAGGCUUCACCAGAUUUAAAGAGCGUCGGUUUCAUCCAUCACUCAGGCUGUCUCGGAGGUUCUACCCACAUUCUCACAACAUGGAUGGCUUUUUUGUGGCAAAACUGAAGAAAUUCUCUAACACUAUCCCUACCGCACCUGCAGAUAGCAAAGAGGAAAACAAACCAGUGGAAGCAGAAAUCCUUGUAGCGUCAGAGAAGAAAAAUCAUCAAACACCACAAUCUAAGCAAAAGAGCAAAGUUGCAGCAGAGACCAAACAAAACCCACAGGCAGCCAACCACAACAAAGCAGAACACAAAAGAGAACAUCUUACUGGCAAGAAGAGGCCAGCAGGAAAAUGUAAAAGCUUAAAAGAAGAUGGCCCCAAAAUGAAGAAAUUGACACAAAUGGAUGGAGAGGCUUCCAAGGAGGAUAUCAAAACCAAGGAAAAAAUCUCCAAAAUGGAAGGAGAGAAAAAAAAAAGGCCAGUGACUGGGAAAACAGUGGGAAGCCUGUUGAAGAUGUCAAACAAAAAGAAAAGGAAGAACAUCCUGAAAAAAGGAAACCGCAGAAUGCCGAAAAACAAAUUUAAGAAGUAAAGAGAGAUUCUAGAGUAGGAGGCCGGACAGUAGAACCCCAAUAUUUUCGAUUACCUCAUACAUGAAUUCUGUGCGGACAGACUAUGGUAGAUACUCCUCCCACAUCAGUUGUAAUCCCACAUCUCACCCUAAUGACAACAUAGGACACCCUAAGGACAUUGUGACUGCAGAAGAAGUGUGUUUGUUUCCCUGAAAGAGUUCUAUGAUGUUACUGCUUAAUCACAGAGCAGAAUCUAGACUGAACCUUUGUUGUUCAUAUCAAGCAGUGUUUGUUGUAAAGGGUAAGGUGAAUAUUAGUAACAAUGGCUUUUAAAAAAAUAAAAGUGAGAAUGGAAUAUGUUCACACUUUAUGAAGUGGAUUGGGCAGGAGCUAUUUUUAUGCAUUUUCAUGAAAGCUCCCCCCCCCCCAUGAUAACAGUAUAAAUAAUUUAUUUAUAGCCUUUGUUGUUGGGAUAAUUUAUGAAUGUACCAGAAUAGAGACUAAAGAACUGGUCCAAGUCAUUUUGAUGUUUAAAACUGCUGUCAGUUAGAUGGUUUUAUACACGGACAGAUUUCAUGGAAGAACUCUGAGCGCAUUGUGUAAGGUGAUGUCCUAUAACCUACCAUGUAAUGUAUUGAGUUUGGGGUUACUUGGGAAGUCUUUAGGAAAGGCAAUUUAUAUUGAUCAAUAAGGGUUUUUAUACUUUGUAUGAAUAAAGAGAAACCAACACACAUUUGCAAAAGUUUACAGCACGGAAGCUGACGGAAAACAUUCAGAAGUUCCUGGACCUUGUGUAGUUUUAUUUAUUUAUUUAAUUUUCCCCCAGGUGAAUAGAGAUAUAUUCUUUUGAUUUCCUUUGGAUAUUUUGACCUAAUUCUUAUGCUCAUCUAGAAGACACAGACUAAUUCCACAUAAAAAGGACACAAGGUGAUUCACUUCAUAUUCAACUUUUGUCAUCCAAAGAUAAAAAGCCUAGUUUCCAAUGGUGACUAAUUCUGGACAUACAUUGGAAAUACCAGAGGGGGGGCUGAUAUUUAUAACAUGAGAGGUUUUGCCUAUUCAAGAGUGUUAUUUAAAAGACGCCCUGAUUUGAAGAACCAGUGGGCUACAGUCAGGAAAAGCCUAAAUGCUUAUACGUGGAACAUGUCCAGUUCAAAAGGGUCAGCCACUUGUACUGGAUCUUAUUUGACUCUGUCUGAGCUUUCAAAGCUGCAUGAAUGGUACAAUCUGAAAUGGCUGGCUUCACUUUAACCCUGAAGACAGUUGAGUGCAAAGCAUUCAAUGUGACUAAUGGUGGGUUUUUAAGAGUUCAGAAGGCUAAACCAUUUAGUGAGCGAACUUCUGCCAUGUACCAUCACCUCUCCACUUUGGUUUUCUAGCCCAUGCCAGAGUAACCAUAGCAACGCACCCAGAAGCUCAUCCUGUACUAUGUUCCGAGCUUUG